GCUAAUGCUCGCCCGCCUUUACUGCCCUCUUUAACUCCCUCGACGCCAACUCGGGAGCGAGAGCGAAGCCGAGAGCUCCAUUGCAAUGGCGUGAUCUAGGGUUUUGAUCUCCGGAGCUUGGUUGAUGGGGCUCUGCUAUAGCGGUCCUGCGAGAUUGGCCACGCCGGAGGAGGAAUGCCCACCUUCUCCUCAUACGGCGGCUGGUCCGCCCGCUGCUGCGAUGGCGUCGCCUGCUGUGGCGGUUGAGGAGAAGGAGAGUAAGCCGUGGGCAUCGCCUUUCUUUCCAUUUUAUAGUCCUAGCCCUGCUCAUAGUCUGUUUUCGAAGAAAUCUCCUGCAGCUGGAGGUGGAGGGACGGCGACGGGGACGCCGAAGAGGUUGUUUAAGAAGCCGUUCCCGCCGCCUUCGCCGGCGAAGCAUAUUAGGGCAGUGUUGGCUAGACGGCAUGGGGUUGUGAAGCCGAAUGAAGCGUCGAUUCCAGAGGAUGGAGGGGAAGCUGGGGCAGUGAGGGAUUUGGAUAAGAGUUUUGGGUUCUCGAAGGGUUUUGCAGGGAAGUAUGAGCUUGGACAAGAGGUUGGGAGGGGGCAUUUUGGGUAUACGUGCGCCGCGACGUGCAAGAAAGGGGAGAACAAGGGACAGCAGGUUGCUGUGAAGGUCAUUCCCAAGGCCAAGAUGACUACACCAAUAGCAAUUGAAGAUGUUAGGAGAGAAGUGAAGAUUUUAAGAGCUUUGACAGGACACAGCAACCUCGUCAAGUUCUAUGAUUCAUAUGAAGAUAAUGAAAAUGUUUAUAUUAUAAUGGAAUUAUGUGAAGGAGGAGAACUCUUAGAUAGAAUACUUUCAAGGGGUGGCAAAUACUCUGAAGAUGACGCAAAGGCUGUCAUGGUACAGAUUUUGAAUGUGGUUGCAUUCUGUCACCUUCAAGGAGUGGUCCACCGGGAUCUCAAACCAGAGAAUUUCCUUUUCACUUCCAAGGAUGAAAACUCCCAAUUAAAGGCUAUAGACUUUGGCUUAUCUGAUUUUGUCAAGCCAGAUGAAAGGCUUAAUGACAUUGUAGGAAGUGCAUAUUAUGUUGCUCCAGAAGUCCUGCAUAGGUCUUACACUACAGAGGCUGAUGUAUGGAGCAUUGGUGUAAUCGCAUACAUUCUACUAUGUGGGAGUCGACCAUUUUGGGCUCGAACUGAGUCUGGUAUCUUCAGAGCAGUCUUGAAAGCUGAUCCAAGUUUUAGUGAACCCCCUUGGCCUUCCUUGUCUUCUGAAGCAAAAGAUUUUGUGAAGCGUUUGUUGAGUAAAGAUCCACGUAGAAGAAUGACUGCUGCCCAAGCUUUAAGCCAUCCUUGGUUUAGAAAUUAUGCUGACAUGUCAGUGCCCCUGGAUAUUCUAAUAUUUCGAAUGAUUAAAGCCUAUUUACGUUCAUCCUCUCUGAGAAAGUCUGCUUUGAGGGCACUCUCCAAAACAUUGACCAUGGAUGAACUCUUUUAUCUAAAAGCGCAAUUUGAUCUCUUGGAGCCCAAUAAAAAUGGGUGCAUAACUCUUGAGAAUGUCAAGAUGGCUUUGUUAAAAAAUGCAACAGAUGCAAUGAAGGAAUCUCGUGUUCAUGAUCUUAUUGUCUCGCUGAGUGCUCUUCAAUACAGAAGGAUGGAUUUUGAUGAGUUCUGUGCAGCAACAUUAAGUGUGCAUCAACUGGAAGGCCUUGAUAGAUGGGAGCAACAUGCUCGGUGUGCUUAUGAACUCUUUGAGAAGGAUGGGAACCGGGCCAUUGUCAUUGAGGAGCUUGCUUCAGAACUUGGCCUUGGCCCUAAUUUGCCUGUGCAUGCUGUUCUCCAUGAUUGGAUAAGGCACACUGAUGGGAAAUUGAGCUUCCUUGGAUUUGUAAAGUUAUUACACGGAGUAUCAAGCCGAGCCCUUGCAAAAGCACACUAGCUAGCAAUCUUGGUUAGAUUUACUUGUACAACUUUAGGUGAAGAUGGAUGAACAAGUCUACUCAUUUGGCCAAGUUCUGAUUUGGGGCCUGGUUAAAAAUGAAACGGUUUUCCUGUACAAUGUGAUUUGUUUUUCUCACGUUGUCACCACGAGAUCAGUCACACCAGGACUUGGAAGAAAUAUAAAACCGCAGAACUUGUGUAGUUCUUGGAUGAGUAAGAUAAGGACAUUAGUUUAAAUUCCUGUAAUUUAUCUCCUUGUCAUUAGAUUUCUAUGAUGCAUUGCUUAUGAUUUUAUAGUGUGAAAGUCUCUGUGGAGUCUAGGGUUCUUACAUGUAUCUGAACAAGCAAAAUUGUAUCAGUGGCACUGCACUGCUGUCUUCUGACUUAGGGCAUUUGACACUAGAGUAUAUACUCUCUUUCACUGUAUUUGCUGUUAAUUGUUUGAUUUGAUGA